AUGGAGGAGCCGACAGCUGACCCUGCCUUCGUGGAUGUGGAUCAGGGGCUGACACUGGCUGGCAUUGCCUUGCUCUGCCUCCUGCUGGUGGCCAUGAUCAUCCGUUGUGCCAGAGUCAUUAUGGACCGUUACAGUGCCAUCCCCACCUCCACCUGGGAGGAGCAGCACCAGGAUGACUGA